AUGUCCACGUACCCGCGGUGUCCGAGUCCAACCGGCUGUGCCGCUGUGUCGCGCGCCCCUGGUGUAGAAAAAAAAACACAGAGGGAAAACUUCAUAGAAAUGGCGGAAAGUACUACGACGCUCAAGGGCUUGAGAGCCCAGAUGGCUGCGGCUGCACAGGCACAAGCUGAGGAGCGACGUAGCUUAGCAGGGAACAGUCCGGGACCUGCAACCAACUCACCAUCUAAACCUCAGGGCUGUAAGCCAGUAAUUGACGGUGCAGCACUUAGAGUAGACGACCGGCUGCGAGUGGCAAAAGAGAGGCGGGAAGAGGCUGAAAGACAGCAAGCAUUACGGGAGUCCCAGAUCAUGGAGCGUGAGCGCAAAGCUAAGCUGCAAGUAGAACGGCAGAUGGAGGAACGGCAGAAAAAGGUUGAGGAGCAGCGAAGAAAGGAGGAGCAGAAACGAUUGGCAGUGGAGGAGAAGAGGAAGCAGAAGCUGGAAGAGGAAAAGGAGCACUACGAGGCAGUCAUGAGGCGAACCCUAGAACGCAGCCAGCGUGUUGAGCAGAGACAGAAGAGGUGGUCUUGGGGAGGACUGUCGGCAGACCAAGAUGGAAGAGCAGGAGAUUCUGACACCACCAUCUCUUCUCCAGUAGCUAUAGUUGUCUCCUCUCCCUCGCCAGAAAAGCCACCAAGGAGUGGACAAGCCGACAAACGCUCCACAUCCACCACUAACCUGAAACAACCUCCCGAGGCUGGCAUCAGUAAACGCUUAUCCUCCUCCUCUGCCGCCCUCGGUAAAUCACCUGACAAAAGUGUUAGGCUAAGGAGUUCGUCUUGUAACCGGUUGCCAAGCAAAGGCAAUGAUGCUCAGGCCACUAAGGAAGAUGGCAAAAAGCUUCAGGUGGAACAGACAGGCCUUUCUGUGAAGAAGAGAAGUUCCUCCCUCACACGAGUAAGUGUGGGCAGAGCACAGACCCCUGCCAAGCCUGAUAGGGGAACAACGGAUGAUCAAGCCCGCAAGCCACCGGCCAGUACUGUGGAUGAAGGGGUCCUUAGUCGCCUACUCACUCCCACCCAGGCCUCACUAGCUAGGAGCAAGAGCGCCGCCGCCCUGUCCGCUGAAGGAUCAGAUGCUUCAGAGUAUCACCUGUGUCCUCGUUCAGCCUCUGCCAGCCCCCUGAACCCACCGCGCGGACCCGUGCGCAGCCGCAGCAUCGACCGACAGAAGAGCGGCAUGACAACGUCAAAGUCGGCUAGCGAAGCCCUCGAUACAUCUAUGAAAGAGAAACGAUUAACCUCCCCUGGGGGGCAGCGUCCUGCUUCACCGUCAACCCCCAUAGGACGCCACCGUUCACCAUCCCCAGCACCCAGUCCAAAUCCAAAAAGAACCCCCUCCCCAGCAGCCAAGCAAGCUCCCAAGAUGCGUCCACCUUCACCAGCUGCUACAAAACAGAGACCCCCGUCUCCCCAACCUGCAUCAACCAAGCCCCCACCCAUCCAGAAACCAGCACUCACUCCAGCUGGACCACCGACUUUGCGGAAGCGGGAUUCUAAGUCAAAGGAUCUGGGUCCUGUACAGCCUGUGGUCACACAGGCUUCUGAUAACAGCAAGACCAAAGACAAAGAUGACUCAAAGACAACCAGCACUAACUCAGCUGCUGAGGCGGCCAAGAUCUUGGCCGAAAAUCGAAGACUCAUGAGAGAGCAGAAGGAGCGAGAGGAGCAGCUUAGGAUACAGAGGGAGGAAGAGGAGAGGCAGAGAAAGGAAGAGGAGCAGCGAUUAGCUGAAGAGGCUCGACUUCAACGCCUAGAGGAAGAGAAAAGGGUGGCCGAAGAAAGGAAAAUAAAAGAAGAAGAAGAAGCUCGUCUAGCAGAGGAAGAAAGAAAAAGAAUGGAAGAAGAAGAAGCACUAAGGCAGGUCGAGCUCCAGAAGGAACGAGAGGAGGCUGAGGCCAAGGCCCUGGAGGAGGCAGAGAGAGUCCGUCAGGAAAGAGACCGCAUAAUGCAGCAGAACCACCAAGAGAGGAUGGAGAGGAAAAAGAGAAUUGAGGAAAUAAUGAAGCGAACUAGAAAAGGGGACAACACUGACUUUAAGAGAGAGGACGAUAAAGAUGGCGAUGAAGGCCUGGAUGAGAUGAAAAGUGAAGCCAAAGAUGACAUUAACAUGGAGGACGACUGUGAUAAUUUGUCCACUGGUGACCCUGGACUUAGCCAAGAAGGUGAGAUGAAUGGGAAUCCAGAGAUGGAAGACAAGGAGAAGACCAACGGAACAACCUGUGAGGAAACCCAGGCAGGAAGUCCAGUUCCAGAGAGCCGCCUCGUUGAGGGCUCCGAAUUCCUGAAUGAAGAGGACUCCACCAAGGAGGAGCUGGUGUCCAGCCUCAAUGGGAAGUCCAGCCAGUGGAGCUUCGAGGAGCUCAUCGACACCAACGUCCACUCCAAGACUCGCAUCGAGUCCGGGGACUGUAACCAGGUUUUAAUCAACUGUGACGGGAGUGCAGAUGGGACCAGGGUGGCCUUUGAGGACAAGGGGGCCCCCAUCAGCACCCUCCACUCCUCUAAUCAACCUAUAGAAGCCAUGUCAGAAAUGUAAUGCUGUAGCUGUCGCUGAGAAGCCUCUUCAUGUUGCACUCCAACUUUUCCUUCCAGCUGACAUCCCUAAAAGAAUCUUCCAGCCGUUCCAAACAGCUUCACCUCUUUCUGCAGGAGGCGCACAAGAUGAAACAGAAAGACUACCCUAAGUGCUGCAUUUGCACCCCAAACAAAAUAGAAACACAUUGGAUUAAGUUUAUAUAUAUAUCUAUAAAUAUACAUGAAAAUGUCACUCACACACUUCAGGGAAAUGUUUCAUAUUCCUCUUCAUUCGUUUUGUUUUCAAUUCUUUACAAUUUUGUGUCAGAAACUUUUUUAUUAGGGGUGCAUUCUUAUAAUUUAUUAAUUUUUGCUUCAUUGUAAUUAUUAUCACGUUUAGUCUUGUUUUCUCUCUUGUAUGAAAAAUGUUUUGUGACCAAUUUAAGUCAGGCCAUGUGAAAUAUAUACUAUUAUUGAAAGAAAUGUUAAUACAUCACUAGAUCUGUCUGGGUUCAGACAGAAUGCUUUUUAUUUCAUGUGGUUCAACUAAAUUUACUUGACCAGCUGCUUUUUGUGGCACACAGCAACGUAUGGCCUUACCUUUUAUCUCCCAAUGUGGAAUUUUCUUCUAAGCGCUAAAAAGAGUAUCAGUUUUAAGGCUCAUGCUCACAGCCUGGUGACCUGCGUCCUGCUCUACAACAUGGAGGUUUGUCUGUUUUUGAGGACCGGCUUUCUCACUCCCUUCGUUUGUUUUGUUUUCUGGCCACUAGAGGGCUUCAUAACCACAGAGGGGAAAGGUUUUGACUCGGCACAGUUCAGUGCUGUUUAUUUAGCAUUCAUGGUCGCUGUCUGUGAAUAGAACUAAUGUUUACUAACAUCACUGUAAUUAAUCUGGUUUUGGUUUCAAACUCUUAUUUUUGCAUAAAAAAAAAAAAAAAACUGUCAAUGUAACAAACUUGAUAAAGGGAUAGUUUGGAUUUUUUAAAGUUGUGUGAAUAUAUCUGUUAUUCUCUUAUCUGCAGCGGGCAGAGCUAUUACUGAUGAGAAAAUCCACAGAACAUCACUCCAAGCAAUCCAAGGUAUCUCUUUAGGAUAUGUUUGUUGUGAGCUUUGUAGUUCACUUUUAAUUAAUGUAAAAAUUUGAGUGCUUGGGGUUUUUUUUCCCUCUGCCUCAGUUUCACCUCCUCUCAUUAGCUGCUACGCCUGACAAAAUGCAUUUCAGCUUUUUUCUUGUGUAGAAAUUGGCAGAUUGUUUAUAUUUGUAUUUAAGUGUUCUGUUUUGUAAAUAAGCAGUAUUAGGCAAGUGACGCCAUGUUUAGGAAGGAGCGGCUCAGGGUGUGGUUUAUAAGGGUGUUCUUAUUUGUUACUGUUAGGUUUAAGAUGGUUUGAAAGGUGCGCUGUGACUGGUUGGGUUCAGCUUGGCUUGCUUAAGUUAGUGGAAUAAAUCCUCUGACAAAGAGGCUCUGUGAAGAAAAAGGUCCAACUAGAGGUUCACUAUUUGACUCACUGAUAUGUUCACCUUGUUUUCAGUUUGUUUAAAACUAAUUAAAGCAAACGCGCAGUAGUUUUUAUAGCCGGUUUGGUCCUUGGCAGCAUGUUUAACCCAUCGUUUCUAUCCUGUUAAAUGAUGCGGCACAUCAGCUCAGGUUUCAGCUGUCCUGCUCUAGUAAAGGGGAGCUUCUUCACCAAACAAAAAAAAUGUCUUGUUUUUUUCUUUUGUCUAACUAUUCCUCUUUCUCUUUUUUUUUUCUUGAAAUGUGAUGUAACAUUAAUACUUUCUUUGCUUUAAUGAUCCAAAUCUGAGGUUUUGGGCACCUUUUUCUUUGCCUUGUUCUCUGCUGAGUAACUAAGAAUCUCUUUGUACAUGAACAGACUGUGGGCCUAAAUUAUUCGAGCUUUGAUUAACAAGCUCCAUGAAUGUUACAUAAUCCAUACACCGUCCUUCAUGACUUACCAUAUUUCUAAUAGCUGCUUGCUUUCAGCUUUUAUUUUAUAAAGUCCUGUAGCAAAUGCAACGCCCUAUCAGAGAUGACUUGUUACUGAGUAGCUUCACUGUAAGACGAGCUAGAAGAGCUGUGAUAUUUUUCUGUUUCUUUUUAGCUGUUCAUUCAAAUCCACCCUGUUACCUUUCAUCAUUUUUGUAGUUGCAAAUAAUGUUUUUUUUUUUUUGGGUCCUGCUGCAUCUAAGUACUACAACUUUAAAUGAUCUGUCCUCCAUGUUAUCAUUGAUAGAAUAGAAAGGUGUUAGUUUGAGAUGUACUGUUUUUAUUGCAUUCUUACAGUUGACGUUGUCUUCAACCUCCGCCUCGACAAUCAGUCCACCCAACCAGGGCGACUCUGUGAAUAUUAAUAUUUCUCUGAACGAUUUGCUAUAAACGCCCUAUCUGCAAAUAAAACCUGUACUGUACAUUUAUCUAAAGAGAACAGAUAUGAUACAGGCUGUUAAAACAAUAAAGUCUAAAGCGGAAAUA